CUCUGAGAUUCCUAAUCCCCAGAGUCUGGUAACCGGGCUGUUUUCCUGAGGGGGCAGCCUUGUCUCAGGAGAUUGUUCUUGUAAGACAAAACCUUUCCCAAAGACCCCCAAGGGGGGUCCACUCUGCCUUCUUACCUUCCUGAGGACGAGGCAGCCACUUUGUGAAGACAAAUUGGGUUUAGAGGAGUCUGGGAUUCCGUGUUUGGGACUCUCUUUGUUCCCCCAUUGGCACUCACCCACCUUCCUAUAAGAUGUUUUUCUUUCUAUGUUUACCGCAUAGUCUAGACUGGUCUUGAACUCUUGAUCUCUCUGCCUCUAUUUCCUCUAGUGGGAUGAUAGGUAUAGAGUACCACACUUGUCUUAAAGUAGUUCCUUUUACAUGUAUUAGCUUCCUGGUUAUCUGUCUCCUGAUCACAAAGACAAGAAACAACUUAGAAAGUAGGAAAGUGGGGCUACCGUGUUUCCAGAAAGUUAGCAGGCACUGUCUCAAGAAAGCAAGGCAACACUGUCUCUUUGGGGUUCUCUUCUUCCAGGGAAUCCAGGCAAGUGUCUGGCUUAUAACCUCUGGGGCUCAGUAAGUCUGAAUGAAUGAAUGAAUGAAUGAGCCAGCAUAGUGUUAUAGAAGAACCUGUGAGGCAGACAGUGCUAGUCUGCUUCCUCUUCUUCCCCAAACUCUACGGCAGGCAGGGCUCCCCAAAGCGCCGUGCUUGCUUACAAAACAGUCUCUGUGUCUAGGGCCUAGAAGUCCUUUCCUCUCAGCAGAGCUCAUGGAUCGAAAACAGUGCCUACCAAGUCUUGUAGGUAGCAAUUCUGUCUGCCCACAUGUUCAGGUUCAAAGUAUCAGUCACAUGCCAUUCCUGUCUCCUGUCUUCCACAGCAUGGGCAAACACCAGGGUCACAGAGUCAAAGUGUUUCCUGAAUACGACCACCUCUCGUGGCAUCACGAGUACCAGCUUUACCUUGGUGAUGGCCACAUUUCCUAACUGGGCCCCUGCCUUACUUCUCCCCUCCCUGAUCCCUUCUUCCUUUGCAGACGGGAGCCUCCCAACAAACUUAGGUUACUUCUUCAUGCCCUACUGACUGCUUCUGACAACUGUUCUUACACUUGGAAUAGAGUCCAGAGUCCUCACCGGAUACUACAAUACGCACUCGCACAUGCUCGCCCACGUGUACGCGGCUACCCCUGUUGAUCUCUCAUUCACUCUGGUCUGGCCAUCUGUUUCCCAAACACAGGUUGCUGUUCCAGGACUUUGAUACUCUGCACUGCCCUGACCUGGAACUUUCUUUCCCAUCUGUGUGCUUGGCUCCCUCUCCUACAUGAGAUCUCGGUUCUAAAAUGCCAGCAAGUCCUUUCCUGUCUAUCUCAUUGAAGAAGGAGCAGCAUCUUCUUCGGAACGUUUUUUGUAGCCCUUCCCGGUGUUGGUCUUCCCAGUUUAUGAGGUGCCAUUAUCUCUAAAGUCUGUAAGUGCUGCACAAAUCCUACUGCAGGCUGCAUCCUCCAGAGACCAGAACUGGUCCAGGCACAUGGUGAGUAUGGCACACAGGGCCAUCAGGACAAAAAGGAAAAGGGCAUCCAACAGACAGAGACACUUGCUGAGGCAGAUCUACUGGGCCUUGGAGCGCAGGCCUAUAGGUCUUCAUGGUAAGCCUCAAGUUCCCCAAUCCCCGUCUCAAUCCCCCUGACACCAAUUUCUGCUGUUCCCCAAUUUGGACUCCAGCCUCAGCCAUGGGUUUCCUUUGGCCAGGGAAAUGUUCACAGAGUUCAGGGAGAUGAGCUGAGGCCUUAUCAGCUCUGGCCCUCUGCCUCACCGUGAGAACAUGCCUGGGCAUGCCUGUAGCUGUGAUGCAGAAAAAGUUCCCAGGAGGGAGCAGCCAGUACAAAGGUCUUACCAGCAGGAGGAGGAGCCAAGGGCCAGCAUGGCUGUGCCCGGGGAGAGGUAGCCAAGCUGUAUCUGCAGGAGUCCAGAUCUAGAAGGCCUGGGAGCUGGGCUGUGCAGGAAAGACUGAGGAGUGUAUCCUGAGACUUCAUAUUGCCUCGAGCACCAAGGUGACACUAACACAUGGCCUGAGGAAAUGGGGAGACCAGUGUAGGGGGACAGGAAGAGUACACUAACUAUAGUGUGAGGUUGUAGCUCCUAAGGCGGGUUGAGUCAAUGACAGUAGCCCAGGAGUUCUGAGUCACUCAGAGGAUCCAACCCCUACCCCCAGCCUCCGUCUCUCGCAUGCCCCUUUUCUCUCCUCAAACAUUCAAUGCCUCUUACCUCCAGCUACAACUUACCUUUGUCCUUUCCCUGUCCAAUCCUUGUCAUUCCUGUCAAACUUUAGAAGUAAUUCUCAGGAGCCAGAGAGAUGGCUCAGUGGGUAAGAGUACUUGAGAAAACACAAGGACCUGAGUCCCCAGCCCCCUCGGCUAGGUAUGGCUGUGCUCUAAUGGUGACUGGUGGGGACAGAUGGAUCCCCAAAGACCAUGCCUCAAAGAAAUAGGGCAGAGAGCAAUCGAACAAGCCAUUGGUGUACUCCUCUGGCCUCUACAUGUGUGUGAGCAUUGGCAAAACACACACACACACACACACACACACACACACACACACACACACAAAUAAAUGUAAUUCAAACAAAACAGAUAUAAACAGAUAUAAUCAUCUACAUAAAGAUUUAAACCAUGCCCAAGACAGAGUUCAAUGACUCUAGCCAUGGUGAGAAGGCUGGUAUAGGAAUUCUCCAGAAGCAUUCAACUUGUCUGGACAGCCUCAUUGAGCUUGGCGAGGUCUCUGACCCACAGCUGCAAGCCGUACUCUGGGUAGCCAGCUGCCUAUGGGAGGCAGGUUGGAGACUGCCUCUUGGCAACUGCAAAUUCAGGGAAAUUAGAGGUUGGUGUUUGUUGGUUUUGGUUGCUUAGCAGCUACACACCAUGGUGGAGGUGGGGCUAAUCCAGAAUGGGAAACCCCUACAGGCCGAAGAUCCCUUACGACAUCCCUACAAAGUGCAUGGGCAUUCAACCUGGGCCCACUGAGAAACCAGGGCCAUCAGAGACGCCAUUCAUUGUGUGUCCCCAGCAUCUAGGGGCAACCUGACCCUGGGGGCAGUGGGACUGUCCUCUAGAGUCUGUCCCUGUGGCUCUACCUCAGUCUUAUGGGUUCCUGGACAAUUUAAGAGAUGGGUCCUUGGACUGGAGAGAUGGCUCAGCGGUUAAGAGCUCUGGCUGCUCUUCCCGAGAUCCUGAGUUCAAUUCACAGCACCCACAUGGUGGCUCACAACCGUCUGUAAUGGGGAUCUGAUGGCCUCUUCUGGUGUGUCUGAAGACAGUGUACUCGCAUAUAUAAAAUAAAUAAAUCUGAGAGAGAGAGAGAGAGAGAGAGAGAGAGAGAGAGAGAGAGAGGUGUCUUCUAAUUUACCUUGUGAUUCUGACUGGGCAGAAUUAACCCGCCUGGUUUUCUGCUGUGUACAAUCAGUAGCUCUUGUUUGUCUACCCUCCACCCCACCCCACCCCACCCCUUAGAAACCUCAACCAUCACUCCUGUCUCCACCCUACAUGUUACUAGGAACACAAACAGCCCUGGGGUGCUGAAGAAGAUGAGUCAGCCUGUACCCAGAGUACCUAGAAAACAGAGUAAAAGGCGUGACAGGCUAAUGCUGGAAUUGUUAACAAGGCUUCCUUCUUGGUGUAUCAUACUAGCCUGUGAUGUAUCAAAACACCUUAGUCUAUCAUACCAACGGUGAUGGCAGUAAGGGUGUGCUGUAGGAGCGGUCUUGACUGCUGAGCAUUGGCGUUCAGAGUCCUGCCUCAGCAAAACCCCAACUAUGGGAGGCAUUUCUUGCCCCACCCCAGCCUCAGCACCUGAGUCUACAUAAUUUAGGGGACAGAGCUAUCGACAUCCCAGAACGCCCUAUACGUAUCACCACCUAAACAUUAUAUGGUUUGUCUGAAAAGAAGGCCUGAGAUAUCCCAGUCCCCCAAGAAGCUGAGAGAAGGUUCUGGGAUCAUAAGAUGCUAAGGGUCAAUCAGUCUGAGGCCCGGAUGGACCGUGGCCUCCUUGGAUGUGUACAGUAAUGCUGGAUAUUGGCAACAGUGUGUCUGAAACAGAAAGACCUCUACAAAUGAUGCCGAGUGAGGCCAGAGGCUGUUUGUAGAUGUUCACUAAGAAAAGUAAGCAUCCAAAUCAGGAACUAUCUCGAUAGCUCAGACCCCAAGAAGAAGGAGGGACACUUAGAAUUUACCCAGGCAACCCAGACUUUUUCAGAAAAAUGCUUUCUUGCCAUGCAACAAGGGAAACAGAGAUGGAGAUUAAAAUUUCCAUGGGCAGAAAGCAAAACGCUCGCGUGUCUGUCUGACUUGAGGGCCUGAAGUCUGCAUUCACGAUAGAGAGCUCGCCCGGGAAACCUUGCUGCCCCUGGUGCCUAUGAAGACGAAAGCCAAGGAGAGUAUGGUGAGUUUUACAGGGCGAGCUAUUGAAAGAGAGUCUGACGUCUUGGUAAAGUGACUGGAUUUCAGUAGGCACCUGGGGUAUGCUGGUCACCUGGGAUAUGCUGGACAUCGUGCUCAAAAUAAAAUGCUGCUCCACGCUCACUCGGAUAUUACUCAGCGAAGUGGGAAUUUUUCUUAUUUUGCUGGUGAGGAAAGCACAGUAUAGGGUAUUGAAUGAAGGAGUCAGACUGCAUGCUUCCCACAGCUCAGCUCAAAUCACGCAAAGCGGCUGCAAAGAUAGGUUUCUGGGACAACCAGGAAUACAGCUCUGGAACUUUAAACCCGAAGGUGGUGUUGGGAGAGAUGGGAGGUUCCUGAGGGAAGGGAUUAACUGAGGCGCAGGUUCUUGGGGAGAACUCUGGAAGGCGUGGUGCGACCCCUCGUGGAUGUGAAAGGAAUGGCAGUGUGGCACUUGGUGCGCAAGCGUGAGUAGGAGGGAUCAAUUCAGAGAAGGUGAGGAGAGGGGAGCAUGCGUGUUGUGUGGGGUUGAAACUCAACACGGCUCAGUGGCUAUUCUAGGGGAUCCGGGUCUGAGGAGGGGCAUUCUGGGAAGAAAGAAAGAAAACAGAUCUUCACUAAGAGUUGACUACCCACGUGGAAAUAAGAUACAAAAGUGACAGAUGGGGGACUCGUCAGUUAGAGAUAAUUGCUAAAUAAGCCUGGUGUCCUAAAUCUGAACCCGAGUUAGGGUAGAAAAUGAGAAAGAACUCUGGAAAGUUGUCCUCUGACCUCCACAGUCGAAACUAAACGAGAUACUCCUUCACACUCACUUGGAGGCUAGAAUUAAAAGACAGCACACACACAGUUCAGCCAUUCAAGCUGGAGGCCAGUGGAGGACUCAGGUCUCUCCGGAGCCUGCAGAGCUUCAAACUAUGGCAAGCAGAAUGCCUGUAAAGAUACCCACAGUGUCACCCAUGCCAGCUAGAGGCAUUCCUCCAGCGGGACCAUGUCCUCAGUUUCCCUCUGAGGACCAUGGCGGACAAGUUUACAGAGGAAAGCCUUCAAACACACUUUUCUUUUUCUUUCGUGUGUGUGUGUGUGUGUGUGUGUGUGUGUGUGUGUGUGUGUGUGUGUGUGCGCGCGCGUGCACUUGUCCUCAUGUAACAAGUGAAAGUACGCAGGAGCCCUUGGCUGCCAGAAAGGGGCAUCAGAUCCCUUGAAGUGGAGUUAUAGGUAUUUGUGGGCCACCAUGUAGGUGCUGAGAACAGAACGCAGGUCUUCUGUAAGAGAAGUGUCCUUUAACUGCUGAGCCAUUUUUCCAGCCCCCUUUUUAAAGACCGACUCUCAUGUAGCCCAAACGAUGUAACCAAGGAUGACCUUACACUUCUAAUCCUCCUGCCUCCAAUUAACCCUGGGUACUGGGAUUGGGGUGGGGUAGGGAAAGGGCGGCAUCUAUGUUUUAUUUACUAGAUAAUUAAAUUUUAGAAAGGAAAAUAUUUUUGUUUAAAAAUUGAGUAUUGUAAUUUGCUGCUCCUAGGAUUUUUAUCUUAUAGUAAAACGCAUUCUUUUCUCACAAACUUACACAUGUUUAAGUGCAUUUGGUUAAUACUGUCAGUUUACCAGGAUCUAGAAUCAUCAAGGGGACAAAUUUCUGAGCAUGCCUGUGAGGAAGUUUCUAGACCAGACUAAAUUAAGGUGUAGAGACUCACUGUAAGUGUGUGUGGAGAUCCCAGCGUGAAUAAACAGGAGACAGAACACUGAACACGAGCGUUCAUCUCUCUCUGACCAUGGACUCGGUGUGACUGGCUGCUUUCUGUUCCUGCGGUCUUCUCUACCAUGAUGGCCAUCACCUUCAUCUCAGGAGCUGAAAUAAGCCCUUUCCGUCCUUAAGUUGCUUUUGCCAGGUUGUUGGUAGUGGUGAGACAGCUCUGGCUGUCCUGGAAUGGACGAUGUAGACCAGCCUGGCCCAAACUCCCAAAGACCUACCUACUUCUGCCUCUACUGGGGUUAAAGGGAUAUGCCAUUAUCUGGCUAAGACCUGUUUUAUUUCUAAAAGAAGAUUUGUGAAGCCGGACAGAUGGCUCAGUGCUUGAGGCAUGUGGUGUUAUUGCUGAGGACCCAAGUUUGAGCCCCUAACCCACACAGAGUGGCUCAUGACCACUUUAACUCUAGUUCCAAGGGAUCCGAUGCCUUUGGCCUCUGUUUAUGGAGAUAAAAGAGGGUAUGAGUGUCUCCCUGCCCUCCUUUAUGGGCUCUGCUUACUCCUUUGCGGCAGGAUCUCUCCCUGAAGCUGGGGGUCAUUUUCCUCCUAGCUAGGUGGGAUGCAGGUAAGCCUCAGCAAUUCACCUGUCUCUGCCCUCAGAGCUGGGGUUACAAGAGCAGAAUGCCUGUACUGUUAUGUGGAUGCUGGAGUGUAAACUGUGCAGCGAGUGGGUUUUUUUUUUUUUUGGUUCUUUUUUUUCCGGAGCUGGGGACCGAACCCAGGGCCUUGCGCUUGCUAGGCAAGCGCUCUACCACUGAGCUAAAUCCCCAACCCCAGCAGUGAGUGUUCUUAACCACUGAACCACUCUUCAGUCCUGGGGUCGGGGAGUGGGAUCGGACUCUUUAAAUGCAUGGAAAGGAAGAUAAGUAAAAACACCCUCAAAAAGAACAAGACGAGGAGGGGAAAAGAAAACAAAUUACAGAAGCAACCUCAUGAUGUUCUGUCAGCAUGGGGGACCAGUGUGCCUGGCCUUCAGUCCAGCGAUCCUGUGCCUAAGAAUUUCCCUGUAGAGACUCACAGAGGUGUUUAGGUAGACAGGGGUCUGGAAAUGUGGGCUUCAAUAAGGAAUCAGGUAGGAAACACCAGAGCCAUGCCCUGAAAUACCCUGGUGCAGCCCAUAAAAGGACCUACAAUUUCCUCAGAGGGAAUGUGGCCGCCUGUAGAGGUUUUUCUUUAGUGAGUCUAUUGGUUUUUGCGAAGGCCCCAAACACUCAAAUACUGUUGAGUUGCUUCAGUCUCACAUCCUAACAGCGGGGUUUUUGUUUUUCCUUUAUCUUUUCUUGUUGUCAUGGCGACAAGAUACCCAAGAUGAACAACUGAAAAAAAACGAUUUCAUUUGGCUUCCGGUUUCAUAAGGCACCACUGCUGUGGGACACCUUGUUGAUGUAGAGCACUACUCGGUGGGACACUGGAAAAGCAAGGCUGUUCUCAUGGCAACCCAGAAGCACUGAUGAAAGGACUGACCCCUCCCCCACCUCAGUGAGCCACUUCCUCCAGCUAGGCUCACCUCCUAGUUAGCACUCUUAUGACCCAAUAACCUCAGUGGCACUGCCGGCUGGAACAAUGGGCCUUUGUGGGGAGAGGUCCCAUCCAAAUCCAAGACGCUAAUAUUUUCUGGAGCAAGUAGCCAGGUUUCUCAACCCAUCCCUCCCCGUACAGUUUAUCAGAUAGGAAAGUGUGUUUGGCCCCAGACUCACUGAAGAGGCCUUUGGGGCUCAGUGGUUUCACACCACUGGAUCUUUUAGGACCACAAGACUCUCCAGGUAUCUUUUCCAUACACAUGGGUAUGCAGAAUGCUCUAUAAGCUGGUUACCAAACCACUUGCUUCCAUACUGACCUCAGUCAUUCAAAAGACAUUCCCCCAAAUACUAUGUACCAACAGUUAAACAACAGGGCUGUGGGCAUAGCACAGUUGGUAGAGUGCUUGCCUAGCGAGCACAAGUCCCUGGCUGGGUUCAAUCCCCAGCACCAUGUAACGCAGGUGUGCUGUACUCCAGUAAUCCCAGCACUUGGUAGAGGUAAGGGGGUCAUAAGUUCAAGGUCAUCCUCAACUGCUUAGGGAGUGGGAGGGCAGCCUGGGAUACUGGAGACUUUGUCUCUAAAGUAAAUAAUUAACAGGAGCUUACAGAGGCAGAAUCCUGGGCAUGAGAAAAGUCUUGAAAAAUGUUCCUUAUUGUUCAUAUGAGCAUGAUGUGUGUGGACAUAUGUGUUCCACAGUGUGGAGGUCAGAGGGCAACUUAGAGCCGUCAGUUCUUUCCUUCCAAACUUAAGUGGGUUCCAAGGAUGGAGCUCCGGUUGCAUGCAGGUUUGCACAGCAGCGAAGCUUGCUGCCUCAUUUCUGAGUACAUGCGCUCACCCUCUGUCUCUGUCUCUGUCUCUCUCUCUCUCACACACACACACACACACACCCUCCCUCUGCAUGGGUACACAAGGAAUAUGGUCUUAGCCUCCCCUGGAAAAACUGCCUUUAUUCUAUUAUACACCCUGUACUGUACACCCUGUCUUUGGCUGGGGGAGGGUCAGCAGGGCAGUUUUUGCUUUUCAAAGCGAUGUGGUACAAAUAUCCUUGGAAAACUACUGUGGAAAAAGGGCAGCCUUUGAAGACCCAUAAAAAUUUGUCUCCUAGGCUGGGAGCUUACGCAGUGGUAACGGCCACAUAUGAAGAUGCGGGGUCACUUAGUGGAGUUGGCUCUCUCCUUUCACCCUUAGCUGGGCUUGGGAACCCGGGUCGUAAAGUUUGGUGGCACUUUUAGCUGCUGAUCCAUCUGACCGGCCCGCAGACCACUUUAAAAAAACAAAAUUUAAAAAAAAGCAAGAAUGGUUAGGGGGGGAAAUGUCAGAAAAUAGAAGCUGUGAGGGGGGUCUAGCUCUCCUGGCCGUGGGAAUUACAGUAUAAUCCUCUGUAAUUAAACCUAUGAUGUCUUAGCAUGAGUUAGACAAGACACCAGUGGGCAGAUGGAAUGGAGAAAGCGGUGAAUCUCCAAUCACCUGGCAGGAGGGGACAUAGAAGAAAAGCAGUGGGUGCUGCUGGGUGACUGAGUGCACACAUGGGCUGCCAGACAGUGUGGGAUGAGUGGAGGCUCCCCUCAGCUGCAGCCCAGUCCCACUGAGCCAGGUUCAACAGGUGGGGUGAUUCAGGGUGCUGGUUUAUGACUCACCACACCCUGGCAGCCUGGCUGGCCAAAGUACAUUUCCAUACCCAUGCUCAGGCCAGAGCAGGCAGACCUGCCUCCUCCUGUCACCCCUUCCUUCCUCCAUGCAUGGCAGGAAGUCACCAUCAGCAUAGCGUCUAUGUGCCUAAUUGGCCAUGUGAUUGACAGCGUUUCAUUUCCUUGAACCUGUUUCCUCACUUGGAGCAGGGCUCCCCACAGUAGCCUUUUGUUAGUCAUUUAGGGGGCUUCGACCACCCCAGCGCCUACCCAGUGCACAGACGAUCUAACGCAGACUCCCCGUAGGCUGCCCAGGCAGCCAGUUUCUUGCAGUUAGGUGCGCAUGUGAUCUAAAACCCGCUCACUGGAUCUAUCACCCACUUGCUGUUUCCUGCCACAGGAAUGCUAAACAAGAAGGGUCCCAGUUCAUGCCUCUCCUGCUUCACUGCCUGCUUUUAAGAGUCUGGGACAGUGGCCUCGCUGGGGACUUUGUCCAGAUCGCUCACCCUUCCCCAAGUCUCCUGCGCCGGUCUACCCCUAGCACUUAGUGCUUGCAAUCAAGGGGUCACAUUGACAAGACAGCCUGCCCAGGGGCUGCCACCUUCUUUCCAGUCAUGCACAGCAACCAAGGGUUUGGGAGACGGAAUGUUUAAUCCUAGGAAUUAAGGGCUAGACAUUUCUAAUCCCGAUGUAGAUCAAUAAAUCUUUUCCAAAGAAAGCCUGACACUGGUGGAGGGUCCCCAGGUGCCUGUCUGGUCGCUAGUACUCAGAGCAGAGCGAAGAGCUCCACUCACACCCUGAGUCAUAUCCAGGGGUCAGAGCCUAGGAGGGAGUGAGAAUCACUUGCAGCGCACUAUACAAAUCACAUGGCACACCUAAGCCUGUUGACUUAGCAAUAAAUAUAACCUUGCCCAUUUUACAGGGCCAGUAACAGAACAUACUAUCUUACUGCAUGUACUUGUGUCGAGGCACUAGGAAACACAGACCUGUCAUGGAGGAGCCUAAACAGGGAAUCAGGGAGAAGCUGGCAGGUGAGUCUGGAUCCUGUCCCCAACACAGUCCUCGAGGGGAGCUGUGGCAGAGACGGUAGUGGGGAAGGUGGUGGCAGUGGGCCAGUCAUGAACAGAGCAACUUAGCCAAGGGUUCUGUCCCAGGACCAGCUAUACAAAUGCAAGCAGCAGCUGGCCGUGCCUGGCACUAACUGGUGCUAAGGGGCCUCCUGAGCACUCCUUUUUCUUGUCACCCUGUGAACUAGGGCGGAUUAGCCUCAUUUUCCUGGCUAGAAAACAGGUUUGGAGCAAUUACACACCUUGCCCAGGGUAAAGACCUCAGUGUUAAAGGAAGCAUUCAGACCCCAAUCUGUUGCCACCCAGUUAGAUUUGGGAAAGUUCCGGGAUAAAGGAGCAGAAAUUCAGAAACCUAUCGCUCCACUCACAAACUCGUGUGAGACACUGCUUGGGACACACCUCAGCCUCUGGGCACAGGGUUCAGUCACUUCAUGGCAGACUGAGGAAUGGGACAAUUCUGCCAGGUGAGAAGGGGCUGUGCUGGGCAAGUCUAUCUCCCCACUAGGGGUAACAUGGCACUGCUGUACAAGCAGGGCCUGCAUUUGGAAGAGAGCCAAAGCUUUGCUGGCUUGAAAUCAUUCAACUUCUAUCCUGGCAAGAGCUGUGAUCUGCCUUCAGCUCACCGCGGACCAGUGAGUCUUUCCUUAUUGCCACCUGCCUCUUCUGCCCUGCAAAAACUCACUCUAAAGACUCAUUCUCUGUUACUCUUGUGGUGUUGGGAAUCAAACACAGGGCCUCAGGCAUGACAGGCAAGUGCUGUAAUCACUGAACAAUAUCCUCAGCCCUACAAGGCUUCUUUUUCCUUAAAUUAAAUUUAUUUAUUACAAGUAUGUUAGCACACUGUCUAUAGCUGUCUUCAGACACACCAGAAGAGGACAUCAGAUCCCAUUACGGAUGGUUGUGAUCCACCAUAUGGGUACUGGGACUUGAACUCAGGACCUCUGGAAGAGCAGACAGUGCUCUUAACUGCUAUCUCUCCAGUCCACCCUACAAGGUUUUUAAGGAAGAUUUUUAAUACUUCCUUCUCUGCCCAUGGGUCAGAAAGUUUCUCUGUAUGACCGGGCCUUUCUACUAUGCAGCUUCACUAGAGACCUGGAAAACCAAACAGUGCAUACCAAAAUACCAACAGAAACCUAAGGCACAGAUUGUAAAUAUUCCUCUCCCAGAUUAGACACCACUUUAUAGACUUGGCUUCCUUUGAUGAUUUGGUAAUUAAGAAUAAAUCACUCAAGACUAGAACUAGGGCCUGUGGGAUGGGCAGCUGCCACAUAAGCCUAAAACCCGAAUCCAGUCAUCAGAGCACACAUUAAAGGUUUCACACGUGCACCAUGGUAUGCCCCACCCAGAAACAAACCUUUAUUAUCUCUUUAAGGUUAAAACUAGUCCUUUUCCUGGCCUACCGUGAAGGGAGAAUAGGCUUGGGUGGAGGGAGGAAUAGACAGACAGGACCACUUCCUCAUCUGAGCAGGCCCCGCCAAGUACUGGAACUACCGCUUCUGAGACCAUCUCAUUCCUAAUUCUCUCCCAGGACAAAGUCAACAAGGCAUGAACCCACACUUGCCAGCUGAGCCUCAUGACAGCAAACCUGACACUACUGGUCUAGAGCUGGUGCUUAAAGUAAGAAUUCAGGACUCCAGAGAAAAUGACUUCAUUGAAAUCGAACUGCACAGACAAGAGUUAAGUUACCAGAGCCUCCUCCAGGUGAGCUGCUCCGAACUGGGGGUUCCCCCAGAGCAAGUGGAGAAGAUGAGAAAGCUGCCAAACACAGUGCUCCGGAAGGACAAAGACAUUCAAAGACUGCAGGACUUUCAGGAGAUAGAGCUCCUCUUGGUGAAGAGUGGAAACCCUGAAUGGACUCAACACACGUCACCUCGGACAGAGACACCGUGCUACAAUAGCAAUGCGGCAAAAAUGACGUACUAGCCCCAGGUCUGGAACCAUUCUGUCAACGAGGCCAGGCCCAGGUGACAAUCUGGCUGACAACGAACCUUGGAAAAUGUUGUCUACAACUUCUGAGUAGGAACUGUUUGACAAGCAAGCACAGCUACAGCCCCCACGAGAGG